AUGAGGCAUCUCUGCACGUCGGGCGAGAUCCGGGUCGAAAUCUUGAGCUGCGGGGCCAAUAGUGCUCUCCGAUUCAAAGCCAUCCGAUUCAAAAUUUGGCGCGCUCCGGGAAAUUCCAUUGAAAUCAGCUGUGCGGAUGCACCGCAUGAACAGAACCAUGCGCGAGUGGAGCUCUGUCAAUUCUCGGGAAUGUUGGUCUCUCGCAGUUUUCUCUUGCCGUUCCACGCGCGCCGCGGUUUCGCGAUCGACAUAUUGGCGAACACCUCCUUGUACCUCCGGGGAAGAGCGUCAGAGAAAAAGCGAUCCUUGGUAUUGCCGUACUUCGACCUAGUGAAAAUCGUAAACAAUGCUCCUGAAAUCGAACGUCAAGCCCAGCUGAGAGGGCGCAUCCUGGAUCUCUCUCCUCUGCGCGACGCCGCUCGGAACUACACGGUCAUUCGCAAGGAGCUCAUGAGACUCGAGGCUGAAACGACAAAAUUAGAUCUUGAGGAAAGGAGGACCCGUGAUAUAGCCGUAACAGCCAAAUUGAGAGAGCUGCGAGCUGUCUUGCGGAAUGUGAAGAGUGAAUUCUACAAAGUAGACACAAUUUGUGCGCCCCUGCUCCUCCAAACGCCGAACAUGAUAUUGACGAAAAACAUCGAGCCGAUUACUUCGCUUUGUAAAACUUACGUCCCACCGCGUGAUCUCGGAUUCGAACCGAAGAGCCACGUGGAAUUAGGGGGCCGUAAUCUACAAUUCAUGAAUCAGACACUCUGCUAUCUUUUGGAAGACCUCGCGGGUCUCGAACAGAGAAUCUGCGAUCUGUUCAUCGACAAACUAGAUCAGACAGGCCGCACGCCCGUGUCAGGGCCCGAUUUCGUGGUCGACACGAUUGUUGAAGGCGCUGCCACAGACAACAAUAUAAUUGUAGAAGAUCAGGAGAGCGGUGGACACCAAAUGCAUCUCACUGGGGGAAGCAGUCUAGAGGCCUUCUGUGCCCAAUUCGUCCGGCUGGACACCGGAACGGAACUCAUGCGGCAGUACGCUUGCGCUCGCUUCUAUCGGGAAGGAAGCGUCGAAGGAGGUCUCUACACGCUCUCGCAGUCAACGAGGGUCUCCGCGUUCACAGGAUCUGAUAGGGAAGUUCUGGAUGAUGUCCACGAGCUACUUCGCCUGCUGGUCGAAGUCUACGCUUCUCUGGAAAUACCUUUCCGGUUGCGAUUGGUCGAUCCGCCGGAGCUGUCCUUCGUGGAGCAGCUUCGGGUGGAUCUGGAAAUAUGGAGUCCUUUCGAGAAAACUUGGAAGCCGGUUGCCCACGUCGCCUCUCACGGACAAUUUAUCGCUAGCCGAUUGACAAUGAUUUCGAGAGGGGAACCCAUGUUCACAAUGUUCGGGGUUUGCGCCGACGCUCAGAGGAUCAUCGGGCUACUUUUAGAAAACCAUCAGAAUCCGGACGGUACUUAUUCAAUGCCUAAGCACCUAGUGACCUGCUGACGGAUCUAGGAGAUUUGGAUGGGCUCAUGACGGUGAGGUGACGAGGAACUCCAGCGAACUCACCUGGCGUAUGUGCCUUUCCGAUACGUGCGUUGCCACGGGCUCCGAUGAUUCUGCAGGACGUAUUUUUUUGGCAGCAAUAAGACGACGGCACCCUCGAUAAUGCCAGAUGUUCCGCAGACACCGCUGCUCCGUUUACAGUAGCGACAUUUCCCAAAGAAACACCAUUCAUCUCCUGAAAUUAGGAAUGUGUUCAAUAAAAGCUGAGCUGG